AUGGCGGGUGUUAGACGGUUUUUGUCUGAGAGUGAUGUCAGUAGAGCUGUUACUUUGAUAGAAGUGGGAGUUUCCCAACGAGAAGUGGGUAGGCGCUUAGGUGUGAGUCAAUCAGUAAUUUCAAGAUUAUGGAACCGACAUCAGGAGCUAGGAACUCUUCAAAGACGCCCAGGACAAGGCCGCUCGAGAUCUACCACGCACAUAGAAGAUCGAUUUUUACGAGUUAAUGCACUUCGUAAUCGAUUUUUAACUGCUAGAGAACUUCAAAACGACCUAAGCCAGGCGACUGGAAAUCGUGUGUCGGAUCAGACUGUUAGAAAUCGACUCCGGGAAGCUGGAUUGAGAUCUAGGAGACCUGCCCGAGUGCCGAGAUUGACUGUGCGUCAUAAGAGAGCCAGAUUGCAGUUUGCAAGAGACCAUAGGCGUUGGCAGCUGAGACAGUGGCGUAAGGUAAUGUUCUCAGACGAGUCAAAAUUUACAAUUUUUGGUAAUGACGGCCGCGUUCGAGUGUGGAGAAGAGGAAAUGAACGGUUUAUUAACUGUUGCCUAGCUCCCAGAGUUCCGUUUGGCGGGGGCUCAGUAUUAGUGUGGGGUGGCAUAACAAUGGACGGUCGUACAGACCUUGUCAUAAUCCGAAACGGUACUUUGACAGCCCAGCGUUAUGUGGACGAGGUGUUAGACGUUCAUAUUCGUCCGAGAGCAGAGCAAGCAGGUCAAAAUUUUUUAUUUAUGCAAGACGGAGCUCGACCACAUGCAGCAAGAUUGGUCCGUGAGUACCUGGGCGAACACAACAUACCACUGCUGGAGUGGCCAGCCUGCAGUCCGGACCUAAACCCGAUUGAGCACGUCUGGGACCAACUAGGACGAAGUAUCCGGGGCCGCCAAAACCAACCCAGGACUUUGGAUGAGCUGGAAAUGGCAUUACGAGAAGAAUGGGAGCGGUUACCUCAAGAUAGCCUCAGACGACUCAUCAGAACCAUGCCACAGCGUGUUCUUGCGGUUAUAUCAGCUAGAGGUGGUGGAAGUAAAAGUACCAAGAAAAUAGGAAUCUCCAAGAAGAGCAUAUCAGAACUGUACAAGAAGUUAACAGAAGUUGUCUCAAUGUUGGCACAACUGUUGUUAGUCCAACCUCUCACAGACACAACUGUGCUGCUCUUAUCCUCUAUCGCUGUGUCACCAUUCUUUGUGGAAGGCAUCAGUGAACUACAACUAUCUGCUCUGAGGCUUGCCACUAAUAUCUUUACCAAGUAUGAGAAGCACCGCAGCCUGCUGCUGGAUGACAUCAUAUCAUUGCUGGCCCGCAUGUCUGGCUCCAGACGUAACUACUGCACUUACCAGCUGGAGUCACAAGGACGAAUACAGAUGACAACAGUUCUCAUCCUUGACUUCAUUCAGUGCCUAGGUGUUCUGCCUGAGAAUUUGGUUGGCAAUAAACAGAAGUGUAGUGAAUAUGUGGACGACACCAACGAAUAUCCAGACUUUCUUCCUAGUGACAGUAAACCUGAAAGCAGUGAUGAUAAAAGUGUACUGAUGGAGAUGAGUACAGCAGAAAAAAAAACAGAUACAAAUGGGGUAGGUGUGGGAAGAAAAGGAAAUGAUAAGGAGGAUAUUGACUCAGUGAUCUCCUCCAAGUUAAUUCUGGCUCGCAGAACUGCACACGAGUUCCUGCAUAUGUGGUUGACUAAAUGUAGCAGCAAGAGUGAGAAUUCUGUCUACAAACUGCUCUUCGAGAACUUCAUCCGUGAUCUUCUCACUGCACACAACAAGCCAGAGUGGUCCUCGGCUGGCUUGAUGCUCUGUGUUCUUGGAAACCUCUUGGAUAAUUGUACAAGUUGUAACACAUCUUCCAGUAAGUUCCCUAAAUCUGACAAAUCUUCUAAAAGGAAACAAACAGACACAAACAAAGAAAAGUUAGAUGACAAUGGAGAAAUGCAUAGUGAUAUAGAGGAGGCAUUGAGAGUGAACAAUGUAGCUGAAACAAGAAAGAAGUUUCUGCUGAGUGAAGUUGGCUUAUUUGAAAAUUGCACUGCAAAGAGAGGCUUAAACUGUGAAUUGCUACAUACAUGUGUUGAUUAUAAUAGUGCUGGACUUUUGUUGAAGUAUCUGUCAUUCAAAACACCAUUUUCAAAGAGGUUUACAAUUUAUUUGAAACAUAUUCUGGGAGUGUUGAUGGAGUCAUCUGUACUGUUGCGUGCCAAGGCCAUGAAAUGCCUCUCUGCCCUGAUGGAAGUAGACAAGGAAGUACUGGCCUUACAGACAGUCCAGGCAGCUAUCAAUCACUCCUUCCUAGACCACUCAGCGUCAGUACGUGAGGCUGCGGUAGAUCUCGUUGGCAAGUUUGUGCUUACCCAGCCUUCACUCUUGGUCAAGUACUACGAAAUGCUCUCUGGCAGGAUACUAGACACAGGAGUUAAUGUCAGAAAAAAGGUAAUCAAAAUAAUGAAAGAUAUUUGCAUACAGCAUUCCGAUUUUUCCAAGACUUCUGAUAUCUAUGUCAAAAUACUUCGUCGAGUGAAUGAUGAAGAAGUUGGUGUCUGUAAGCUGGUGUUGGAGGUGUUUCGAACUCUUUGGUUUAACCCAGCCAGUGAGGAGGAAGUGGCUGACAGAGCAGCAAAAAUUAUUGAUGUCAUGGCAGUAUUGGAGGACCUGGGUCUUGAAUUGUUCGAACAGUUGGUUGUCCACCUGCUUAAGCCAAAUGAUGACAAAGCAGACCCUCAGGAACUGAAGACUACUCUGACAGCAUGCAAGCAGAUUGUAGAUUUUCUGGUAGACAAUGAGCUUAAUCUAGACACUGCAUCGUCCCAAAGAGAGGUUGUUUGUCUCCGCACAUUAUACAUUUUCUCAAAGGUCCAACCACUAUUGUUAGUUGGUCACAUUAACAAGCUCCAGUCAUACCUCAGCUUCAAUCGUGAGGCUCAAGUAGAACACCAGAUGGUCAGCUGGGUGGUGAGAAUGCUGGAGACUGUUGUGCCACUUAUGGACCAGCGCAGUGAAGAGUUUUUAACUAAUCUGGAAGAGCACAUGGUGAAUCUGAUGAUGCAGCAUGACCAGACAGUAAUCUAUAGCUGUGCCAGUUGUUUGGGUUUAGUGGUUAACACUUUGACACACAACUAUGAAAUUGUUCGCAACUGUCUUAAUAUGUACAAUGGAUACCUGCUGUGUUACAAGAAAUUGGCACUCAAUGGGCAAAAGGAAGGAAUGGAAAAAUAUCACCCAAUUAUCAAGAGAUCUUUGUAUAUAGUUGGCAUGUUGAUGAGAUUCUUUGACUUCACCAGUAAAGAAGUUCAGGGACCAUUUCCAGAUUCAACAAGGGAUGUGGUUGUGGAUAUACUACUUUUCUACCUACAAUUUAAGGAGCUUCAGUGCUUCACUUUGAAGGCUAUUGGUUCCAUUUGUAUCCAAUACUGUCAACUUAUGUUGACUCCCAAGCUGAAAACAGUGUACCUUGAGAUUUUAUGUGAUCCUACGCCUUCUUUUGAGUUGAAGAUUCAGGUACUGAGCAACAUAGAACAAUAUUUACAAGAGGAAGAUGGACGUUUAAUCAAACAAGAUUUAAAGUGGACAAAUUUAUCGAAGCAAGAGGACUUGAAAGAAAUGGGAGACGUGUCAGCAGGGAUGGCCAGCACUGUGGCCCAGCUGUUUAUCAAGGAGGUGCUGGAAGCUUACUUAUGCCCUAAUGUGAGUGUGAGACAAGCUGUACUUCGUGUAGUCCAGCUGAUUCUGCAACAGGGUCUCAUACAUCCGGUGCAGAUUGUGCCCUAUCUAAUUUGUAUGACCACCGAUGAGGAGAAGACAGUCCGCAGCAAUGCUGACAGACGGCUGGAAGAGAUAGAGAGAAAGUACCCAGGAUUUAUCUACAUGCAGUCACAAAGAGGAGUCAGUCUGUCAUACAGGCUGCAGGAAAUUCUGCAGACUCAUGGGAGUUCGGAUGUGCUCAGGGGCUACAGGAGUAAAGAUGAGGGCCAGCCUGUUGCGCUCAAUGGACCCCUUUAUUCCAUUUUGCACUCUCAACACCAACGCCGAGCAUUUAUCCUUGCUAUUUUUAAACGCUUUAAGGAACUGAAAGUUGAUUUGUCAGAAAUGCUGUUCUUGGUAGACAACAUGGCUUAUUUUCAUUACCAGACACAAGAGGAACCACUUUACAUUAUCAAUCAAAUUAAUUUAAUGAUUUCUGUGACGGGUACAACUCUGCUGCAGUCUUUCUUUGAGGCUUUGCUACCAAAAAUCACUUUGGAGGUAGCAGUCCAGCAGACAGAGGAGCCCACCUCUGGCCCUGCCUCCCAGGAAGAAAAGGAGGAGGACAUAGAGGAAUUGUUGGGCCGAGUGCCACAUGAUACUACCUUCCUGUAUGAGUGUCUGGUGGCCUCACGAGGUUGCAUGCUAUUGUUGUUGCUCAAACAACAUCUCAAGAAACUUUACAACAUAACCAAUAAUCAGAUUAGCGAAUAUUCUACAUCAGAGACAGCUAAAAGUUAUGAUAAAGCUGUGCAAAGGAAGAAACAUUCCAGAUUUAACCCAAACAUAACUCUGGAAAAACUCAAACAAGCAACACCUCAAGAUAUUGAUGAAACUGUUAAAAGGUCAAUCCUUUUGGAGUUUUUGGAGGCAGAAAAUCAGGCCAUAUGGGUAUGAAAUUUAAAAACCUUAUAAAUAACCUGGACUUGGAUGAUUGUAUGGAGAAAGAUACUGAAAAUGUUAUCUCAAACAUGGAAGUAAAGUCAAGUAUACCUUCAGUGGCAGUAAAAGAGAUAAGAAAAAACAAAUCAUUGAA